UCGCUGGAGAUGGCGACGGUCACAGCCACCGGCUCGCCGGCUGCUCUUUAAAAAUAAAAUCACGCUUAAUGCCCGAGAGACUCCCGAAACACUUAGUGAAAGUACACUUCUGUGCCUAAGGCUGUUGGAGGAUUGCUGUCCACCUGUCCGGGAAUUGCCACCUUCGACCUCGGCCACUAGGAUGUGGCGGAAACGAGCAGCACUUGGCAGCAGCACCUUCCACACUCUGCUCUGAUCUGCGACUGAGCCCGUUUAAAGAUGAACAGCAGCGGAAACCCUGUCACAACAGGAGUGACAACAGCCGAUUCAACCACAUUGGUGAAUGUAAACAAAUCUGGAGCUGCGAGCAUGUGGCAGAAGAUAGCUGCUGACAAUUUCAGUGAACAUGAGCAAAGAAUUUUCUUGCAGACUCCAAAUGCACAAGCGAUCUCCGGGAUUUGUGUUUGGGCAGCACUGAUUGUGACAUUUCAUCAGAUUUACAUGCAUCUCCGACACUACAGCAGGCCCAACGAGCAGCGUUACAUUCUCCGAAUCCUUUUCAUUGUUCCUAUCUACUCCUUCGACUCCUGGCUUAGCCUACUGUUCAUCAGCAAUGAUCAGUACUACGUUUACUUUGACUCUGUGCGAGAUUGUUAUGAAGCCUUUGUGAUUUACAACUUCCUUAGCCUGUGCUACGAGUACCUGGGAGGAGAGAGUGCGAUUAUGUCAGAAAUCAGAGGGAAACCCGUUAAGACAAGUUGUUUGUACGGAACAUGCUGUCUGAUGGGUAUGACUUACUCCAUUGGAUUUUUGCGAUUUUGCAAACAGGCCACCCUACAGUUCUGUGUGAUUAAACCCCUGAUGGCUGUCAUCACCAUUAUCCUACAAAUCUAUGGCAAAUAUCACGAUGGCGACUUUGAUGUGAGAAGUGGAUACCUAUAUAUCACCAUUAUUUACAACAUUUCUGUCAGCCUGGCACUUUACGCAAUGUUCCUCUUUUACUUCACGACCAGUGAGCUCCUCAGUCCAUAUGAUCCUGUCCUGAAAUUCCUGACAGUGAAGUCAGUAAUUUUUCUCUCAUUUUGGCAGGGAAUGCUAUUGGCAAUAUUGGAGAGAUGUGGGAUAAUCCCAGAAUUGCAGAUUAUUGAUGACCAUGAAGUUCGGGCGGGGACAGUGGCCGCCGGCUACCAAAAUUUCUUCAUCUGCAUCGAGAUGCUCUGUGCUGCCAUUGCCCUUCGCUUUGCCUAUCCUUCACAAGUGUACGUUGAACGUAACGAGUUGACACAAGGUAAUGUGGCCCCCAUGCAGAGCAUCUCCAGCGGGCUGAAGGAGACCAUGAAUCCCAACGAUAUUGUACAAGAUGCCAUCCACAACUUCUCCCCGGCGUACCAGCAGUACACACAACAGUCCACCAAAGACGAGACGACGCCCAGGCACAACGGACAUGUCCUCUCUCAGGCCGCCAGCAACUUUAUGGCCCGCCGAAAGAAAGGCGAGAAGACCAUCCUCAUCAACUCUGAGGACGAGCUGUAGAUUUUGUAUUUGUUUUGAUUGCUAUAUUUUUUUUAAGUGAGAUAACAGGAGAGGUAGUGCCCAAACUCUCUUGUGCCCUGGUUCAGGGAUCUAGAAUAAUGCCUUUUCCCUUCUCAGGGAACUUAACUUUGAUCUUCAGUUUACUCAAGACUUUGACUUUAAAUGGAUUCCUGAUUCUGAGAGUAGAUUUGAAUGUGGGGGCAAAUGAAGGAACAUUUAGAAGUUCUGCAGUGGACUUGGAGCUUGUAUACACUUUCAAACACACACAUCUUCAAACACAAACAGGCCCACAUGUGUGGAAGGUUCAGCUGCUUCUGCAGAUUGUCCACUGAUUUCCCAAAAAUUGAAUCUCCAGAUUCUAGGCAAUCUUAUUGCAGAGACUAAACAUCUCAUGACAAAAAAAUCUGUGUUGUCAAGUUGGAGUUAUUGAAUGUUUGUCAACUGUUACAACAGUGUCGAAUAUUACAAAUUACUCUCAGAUGUGGCAUAUCCCCUCUGGCUGAGACAGGAAUGCUGUUUACAGUGAAGACACUGUCAUCUCAGUGUACCUACAGAAUGCACUGACUUGGCUCUCCGCUUCCUUUUGAUGCCUUCCUUUUACUGCUUGAAAAUGGGUACGGAAAGGCAACAUAUCUAUUCUUAGGAACAAAUAUUAUAUAACUGGAAGGGCUCAGUUUACUAGGUGGAACAGAGGAAGAUACAUCUAUCUCUGCAAUGAAUCAGGAGUCACAGUAAUGAAAAGAGGUCCCAGGGUACAAUUGGCUGAAUUUGGCAAUUGUGCGGAUUGUUGUGUGUGAACAAUGACCACAGCUGGAGAAAUCUGAGGUGACGCGUAUCCUUGUUGAGGCCUCCAGCAGGAUAGAUGUUUCAAAUUCAGAAACUUAACGAGCAAACCGUACCCCUUCUCCUGUUGUAAAAUGGUUGAAUGUGCCAACAGUUACUUUCACUUCAGGAUGAGGUGCUGAAAUCAGGGAUGUGGUUCUGAUUUGAAGUUGCCCUUUGAAUGAGAAAGCAACAUCACAGCUCCAGGUGACCACAAAUGUUUCAGGGUCCAGAGAGGAUGACUGUGUUAGAGCUUAGGUUAAGGCAGUGAAUUAGAAAUCAUUUUUAGUUAUGAGGCAACUGGAUUUUAAAUUAUUUUUUUUUGCCACUUAUCUCUUGCCUUGUUCUGGAACUAUUGCUAUUGUUGUAUAUCGUACUUCCAGAGUUUACUUCAAGAGCGGAAUGUAGUUUGAGAUGGCUCGAAUACAGUAUGUUAGUAGAUAAUGCACUGAUUUUAUGUGAUUGUAUUUCAGGAGAUAUAUAAUUGUAAAAAGUAGCUUUAACAUGAACCAAGAUUUUACAAAUAAAAAUUGCUUAAUCACUGGUUGUGCAAGGGGGGAGAGGUUUCCGAAUUUUUUAUGAGAUUAGGAAUACAAACUCCUACUCCUACGCAGAAUUAUUCCGACCACGACUUGCUGGUGGUGUCUGUUGCGACACUGUAGGUGGUACUCGUAAUUCUCCAACUUUCAGGAAUAUAAUGUGGGUCAACUCUGGUGCAGUACUAAAGAGGCGUAGUCGUCUUUCAAUUGAACCAUUAAAUCAAAUUUGGGUCAAGUUAGUUGUAGCAGUUUGUGAAUUACUAAAUGUAUGAUGAUAGAUAACUAUGGCAAAUGUUUUAUGUAUUUCGUAAUUCUUAAUAUUGAUAAAAAUGAAAAGUACCUAGUGAAAAAAAUAGAAAAUGAACGGAUCUAAGAUAUUGUGGGUUGAAGGAGCUGUUCCUGUGCUGUACAUUUCAUGUUCUAUGUUUAAAAAUCCUGUCAAGGACAGCUCUUUAAUAAACAGAUGGCAUUAUUUUGGA